AUGGCCACAUUUAUCCCUUUCUUGAACUUGCCAAGGCUCUCAACAAGUAACUUCACCAUCUAUCUAUGUUCGACUCGUGUCAAUCUUGAUUCGAUCACGCUUAGCAUCGGAAAACCCUCACCUUACGAUGAUGUUAUCAAGCUAGUCGAACUCCAAAUCCCACCAUCCCCCGAACUUCCUCCCGAGAUGCUCACGACCAAGAAUUUGCCGCCCCACCUUCUACCAAUCCUAAUAAAGGCCUUCCAAACAUCAAAGUCCAGCUUCUUAGACAUCAUGAACUCAGUAAAACCCGAUUUGCUUAUAUACGAUUCGUUCCAACCGUGGGCCCCAAAACUUGCCUCGUCCAUACGAAAAAUACCUUCCGUUCAUUUCUCGACUGUUUGUACAACUCCGGUUUCAUUUUACCACCAUACUUUCUCAAAGGGGACUAACUCUCCUUACCCUUACGAGGCGAUAUAUCUACACGACAAUGAGUGGAUAAAUCUUACUGACUUGAAAAGCAUACAAGGUUCUUAUGAAGCUGAUGAUGACGAGUUUAUGUUUGGGAACUUCACAUUGUCUACCGAUAUUGUAUUGAUGAAUGGCUCUAGAGUGGUCGAGGAGAAGCAUAGGGAUUACCUUUCUGUUCUGUCCGGAAAACGAAUAAUGUUCACCGGCCCACUUAUCCCGAACCCGGACGAAGAGCAAAGCUCGGAGAUUGUGGAGUGGCUAAAUACGCAAAACAAAGGUUCUACCGUAUACAUCUCGUUCGGCAGUGAGUGCUUCCUUUCGGAUGAGCAGAUUUGA